GUCCCCGACUCUCCAGCGCGUCUCAUAGCUGAGCGGUGUUCAGCACGGACAGCCAGCACCGCACGACACAGCGAAGAGCUCACCUGGCCCCGUCGAGAUAUUAAUAUUUUCCUCUUUUCGGGCGAAGAAGUGUGGACCGACGGAGAGCCCUGACGUCACCAUGCCAGGUAGAGACUGAAGGGAGUUUUGGGUCGUGAGGAGGAGGGGAGUAACACUGCGGGUGUGCUUGGGGUGGCCUCUCCAUCGCGGUGAACACCUUUCGGGCUCGGAGCGCGCUCGGACGCACGUAAGAUGAUGGACGGCUGGCCGCCGCUGCUGCUGCUGGCUCUCCUCGCCAUUGCGGGAGGCGGCCUCGGGGCAGACACAGAGGAGCGGUUGGUGGAGCAUCUCCUAAACCCAGCCCACUACAACAAACUGAUCCGUCCUGCGACUAAUGGCUCCGAGCUGGUUACUGUGCAGCUGAUGGUGUCGUUGGCCCAACUCAUCAGUGUGCAUGAAAGAGAGCAGGUGAUGACCACCAAUGUCUGGCUAACUCAGGAGUGGCAGGACUAUCGUCUGACUUGGGUCCCUGAGGAGUUUGAUGGAAUGAUGAAGGUCAGGCUGCCCUCAAAACACAUCUGGCUGCCUGACGUGGUGCUCUACAACAAUGCUGAUGGGGUGUACGAGGUAUCGUUCUACUCCAACGCGGUAGUCUCCUACGACGGCAGUAUCUUUUGGUUGCCCCCGGCCAUCUAUAAAUCAGCCUGUAAGAUAGAGGUCAAGCACUUCCCCUUUGACCAGCAGAACUGCACGCUGCGCUUCCGCUCCUGGACUUACGACCGCACUGAGAUCGACCUGGUGCUCCGUGCUGAUGUGGCCAGCAUGGACGAUUUCACGCCCAGCGGGGAGUGGGACAUCAUCGCACUGCCAGGCAGACGAAACGAGAACCCAGCUGACCCCACUUACGUGGACAUCACGUACGACUUCAUCAUUCGCAGGAAGCCUCUUUUUUACACCAUCAACCUCAUCAUCCCGUGUGUGCUCAUCACCUCGCUGGCAAUCCUGGUCUUCUACCUGCCCUCUGACUGUGGAGAAAAGAUGACGCUCUGCAUCUCCGUGCUGCUGGCUCUCACUGUGUUCCUGCUGCUGAUCUCCAAGAUUGUCCCACCCACAUCACUAGAUGUCCCUCUCGUGGGGAAGUACCUAAUGUUCACCAUGGUCCUGGUCACUUUCUCUAUCGUCACCAGUGUGUGUGUGCUCAACGUACACCACCGCUCACCCACCACACACACCAUGCCCCCUUGGGUUAAAGUGGUGUUCCUCAACAAGCUUCCUGCCUUGCUCUUCAUGCGCCAGCCCAGGAACAGCUGCGAGCGCCAGCGGCUGCGCCAAAGAAGGAGGGCCCAGGAACAGAAGGAGGGUGGGCGCAGUGGAGAGGCAGGGGCCUUGAUGGUGGGGCUUGGGUUGGGCACUGCUGGUGGGAACGGAGGGGCAACCUCCACAGGGGUGUUCGGCAAGGAGGACAGUGACCCUUGUACCUGCUAUGUGAACCGGGCGUCUGUUAAACAGUUUGGAGGGGAUCUGGGAGGUGCAGGAGGGGGAUCCAUGGAUGGUCUGAACAGGGUUAGGGAGGGCCGGGAAGGGGGAUCUGGAAACCUGCCACGGGGGAAGCAAGCAACAGGAGGUCCUGCUCUGACUCAGGCUCUGCUGGCUCAAGCCUGUCCCGGCUUUGAGGAGGCUGUGGAAGGAGUACGCUUCAUCGCCAACCACAUGAAGAGUGAGGAUGAUGAUCAGAGUGUGAGCGAGGACUGGAAGUACGUUGCCAUGGUGAUCGACCGCCUCUUCCUGUGGAUCUUUGUGUUUGUGUGCGUGUUCGGCACAGUGGGCAUGUUCAUGCAGCCACUCUUCCAGAAUUACACAGUCAAGACCAUCACCAGCUCACCAGGCUGACCAUUCCCAGGCCGCGAACAAGAUGACGGACUCCUCCCCCGACCAAUCAGCACAGCAGGACAAGGGCUGGAGGUGGGGGGGCGGGUCUGGGUUUUAUUGUGUCAAUUGAACUGGAACCAGAACUGGAACUGAACAGCAAUCACACCCAUUACCUUUAUAGUAACGUUUUUUGCAACGAACAAUGGUUUUUCUUGUAUGAAGAAAAAUGAACAACACCAUCAUACUCUAACCUGCAGUUUUUUGUCCAGAUGUUUAAUGGACUGACCUCCCCUUUCUGGUGGAAAGGUCCCUCUCUGCUCUCCUCUUCAGCCAGUCAGGGAACGAGGAUGCUCUGAUUUACUCCUUGUUGAACCUUACUGCAGCCAAUUUUCCGCUCAACGCUGACUGCUUAAUUGACACAUGACAUGCCCGCCUUCAACUAUGACAUUACUUAUUCACACUUUUGACUGAUGUAAGAGGGAGCUAAUCAGAAAGGGAAGGGAGGUUCAUAACAAGGUUCUUAUACAUUUAUUUUAUUUUUUCAGAAAUCCACUACAUCAAUGAACUGAUUCAGUAUAUUUUAUCAUAGCUUAGCGACUUAACACAGUAUAGCAUUAGGAAUAUAUUAUUAAGAUUUCUCUAUGUGUUAGCUCAUGCAAGGGUCUGUUGCUGAUAGGGAGGCUGCGGUGUGUUGUAUGAUUGUAUAGAUUAAACAAGAAUGUGAUAUAAACUCUACACAGCCUGUGAUGUGCACACUAACACAAUAUGUGUACAAGCAACAGAUUGUGAAGGAAGAUACAUAGAGGGGACUUAAAGAAAGAGCCAGGUUGCAUUAUUAGAUGCAAGUCAAAGGGAUAAAGUAAUAUAUUGUGCAUGGACAGUUUUUUGCUUAGAGAGUUGUGCACAUUAAGUAGAGAACAGCAGCAGCCUGCUGUGCCAGAGUGCACAGCUGCAGUGAGAUGAGUCUAGCUGCUGAGAAACUGAGGAAUCUGAGCCAAGAUGGUGGAUAGGGCCUCCUACAUGACGGACUGUGGAACAUGAUUUCUCCAAGAUGGAGUAUUUAUUUUUGGAGCAAAGAUCAGUAUUGGGAAAAGUAACAUGUAAAUCAAAUUAUAUUGAUGAAAGGAUGGGAAUUUUUCAUGGAAAUUAAGCUAUUAGCUGUAUUAAUAUGUAAUUUCAUAUUUCAGUAUGUAAUGUUCAGAGCAUAUGUAUACAUGUAUGUGUGUGUGUGUGUGUGUGUGUGUGUGUAUGUGUAUGCGUGCCCCAUACUCCAAUGCAUUAUUACAUCUGUCAGAUAAAAUGUUCAGAAGAGCGUACUGUAUGUGUGUCUCGCCCUCCCUUCUAUUAAUCUGUGGCAACCUCUCUCCAAUUCUCUCCCCUUUAUCUGGUCUUCCAUGGACAAACACAUUUCUGAUAUUGAGCCCAAUUAGAAUAAUGAUGACCUACAUUCUCUAAACAUCUAUUCAUUUCGGCAGUUUUCCUUUUCAUCAUGGACUGGCUGAUUUGUCUUAUAUCCACAAUCUUCCCUGACAACCAAGCGACAAGCAAAAGGCCUUUUGAGGCACACAGGGAGUGGGAUAUGAAUUAAAUUUUCAAUAAACGAGAGAAAUGACAAAUAGGUAUAGGGCAAUACAUGAGAGUCAAUAGUACAAAUGCUUUUUGUAAUUAUGUUGCAGCUGAGGAACAACAGACUGAAAAAAACAGGAUAAUCUGACCACAGCAAGCACAAUCCAGAUAGUGAGGAGGAAUAAAGCAGGAUAGGCAGAGAUAAAAGUCUGUUAGUGUUGUUACUGCAUAGGAAAGCCACUAUAAAGCCACACAACUAUGCUGUCGAAUCCUCAGUCACUGUAAGGUCGUGUGGCCAAGUCUGCAGCUCAGUUCUGGACUGGGAGCUGCCUCACUCUCUCUCUCUCUUUCUGUCUCUGGAGGAUGGGAUUACCCAGGGGGAUCCCCAACAGACCCCGAACAAGUGUGAAAAGCCUAUCAGAGACCUGUGAAAACUGUAGGCUGCACGGCUCCACAUGACAAAGUGCUGCUGUCCACUCUUUUUCUCCCUGUUUGACCUUUUCACUCUCCUUCCUUUCUUCUCACUUCCUCCCUCAUUAUGCCCCCCCAUCACCCCAAUCGUUCACCUUCUCCUUCCUCAAAUCUGCUCCUGUGCACACCUUAACCAGUCCAAUAAAGGUUGUAGGUUCAGAUUAAUCAAA